GCCGGUGUGACAGCCGGCGGCGUCUUUGUUGCAGACAGAUACUUCAUGGGAGGCAUCUUAACACGCAGCCUGCGAGCAUAUGCGACUCUCGCGCAGGUCGGCCUCGACUACAAGAUGCACUCUGGCAAAAACCCCAAGCAAGGCCGCGUCCCCAUUGACGAACUACACGAUCGCAACGCCAAGCGCGUCGCCGACAUGAUCAAGACCAACGGCGGCAUGUUUCUCAAAAUCGGCCAGGCAAUCGCCGUGCAGGGCGCCGCUCUACCGGAGGCAUAUCAGCGAGAGUUUAAAGACAUGUUUGACGACGCUGCGCAAGAAUCCUGGGCCGACGUCCAGGCUGUCAUUAGGGAGGAGUUUGGAGCCAGCGUGAGCGAAGUAUUUGGUGAUGAGGUGGAGAGGGAGCCGAGGGCCUCUGCCUCGAUUGCGCAGGUUCACUAUGCAAGGCUGGGGGAUGGGAGGGAGGUUGCGAUUAAAGUGCAGAAGAGGAAGCUGGCGCAGCAGGCGUCGUGGGAUCUCUGGACGUUCAAGGUCAUGUGUGACUUGAUUGGCAGAACGACCGAUAUCCCCAUCCAAGGCAUCGGCGACUACAUCAUGAACAACAUCAUGAAGGAGACAGACUUCCAGAACGAAGCGGCGAAUACGAUACGAAUUGCUGAGCUUGUAAAGACAGACCCCGAUUUGAGCGCCCGAGUGUAUAUUCCACACGUCUACACCGACCUCACGACGAGGCGCGUCUUGACAUCUGAAUGGAUUCACGGUGCCAAGCUGUGGGACAAGGACAUCAUCACCGGCCAAUACAGCGGUUCUGGUGAAGUCACUUCGGGAAUGGGCCUGAAUGAAGCCGAUAUCAUGACGACUGUCAUUGACCUUUUCUCGUCGCAAAUGUUCAAAUGGGGCUUCGUCCACUGCGAUCCUCAUCCCGGCAACAUGUUUGUUCGGCGCCUGCCAUCAGGCAAGCCGCAAAUUGUUCUCAUCGAUCACGGCCUCUACGUGUCGCUGUCAGAUGACUUGCGGCGGCAAUACGCUCGCUUCUGGAAGUCUCUUCUUACAGGUGACAAGAAGGGACUGGAUGAGGUGUCAGCUGCCUGGGGCAUGAAGACGUCUGACGCCUGGGCCGAUACGUUCAUGUCUCGCGACUCGAAGAAGCCAGAGCCGACCGAUGAGACGCCCGAGGAGCGGUCCGAGCGACUCAUUGGCGAGGCUGCGGCCUUCUUCGGCGAAGACGGCCUCUAUCCUCGCGAGCUUAUGUUCCUGGAGCGGAAUCUGGCCCUCGUACAGGGAAGCAAUCGGUUCUACGAUUCCCCUGUUAAUCGACUGGGCAUGAUUGGUCGCUCAGCAAUGCUGAACCUGCGCGACGACAGCGAAGUGACUUUCUCGCAGGCGUUGGGCUCGCAAUGGGCCAUGUUUGUGCUCGAUGCGGUGUUUUACUUGAGUCGGUGGAGGCAGUACAUGGGCUGGGGGAAGGGCUUUGAGGACGAGUUGAAGGAGGCAGAGGAGAGGAUGGCGCAGGAUAUGAAGGAUUCUGUGUCUGGGCUAUGGGAAGUUGACAAGAAAGAGGCGUAG